AUGGAGCCUUUCCCAUCUGCGAUCGACUCGUCGGCGCCCUCCAGAGACAAGUCGGGCGAGCCUCAAGUCCGUAUUGAUGAGCUACCGGUCUCGAUGCAAACACGCGGUGGAGCCCCUCCCAACAACAUGACGCAUUUACGCCGGGCCAACACAGUGGCACAGAGUGGAAAUCUCAUCAAGAGGAACCGUGAACUCAAGGCUACACGAGAAAGGACCGCCACUACCCCUUCUGGCCUGCGUGCCAAAGAUAGCCAUGAAUUAUUACGAAAGGCCCCAUUGCAACGGUCCCAGACACACCGUGGUCCAUUGGAGGCGCGUCCAGCCGGGCGCAAGGCAGGUCAUUUUACGGUUGGAAGCGUCGGCCAGAAUGGCAAGAUCUUUCUCAGUAGAGCUGACAAAGGAUCCUCCAUGGCCAGACCGAUUGCAAACCCGCCGCAGAAAGCGCCUUCAAUAGUCCCAUUCUCAUCUAUCGACCAAGUGACGAACCCCCAUAUUCCGCAUCUUCAGCCGCAAAAGUACCCGCCGAUCCGUGAUGACCCAUCGCGAUGGUCGAGCUCCCAGCUCUCGGAACUGCGUCCCCGAGAUCCCCCCAGUGAGGAGCCCGAGUCUGUCAUGUCCGAAGCACCGCGACCCGAGUCGGCCAACCACUCUCGCCAGAGAGCCAAUUCUUUCUCCACAAUAUCUGAACAGCACUCCGUGUCUGGCGCGGGGAAACGUGGAGAGCUGCGCAUCGUGAUCGACCGAUCCGAGGAUCGGCCCAAGUCCGCAGGCGAGAAAACUGCCCACGCAGCUCUGGAAGUCCCCAUUCCUCAUUACAGGCUUGGAUCGCCACGAUUCAACACCGAAGGUAGUGCAAUCCUGCAGAGUUCCGUUUACACGCGAACAUCAAUGUCCGAUAAUUUUCGGAAUUCGACAUUACUGGGCGGCAUGGCAGAUCCGUUACCGACGCAUUUUUCGAGUACAUACUGCAGAGAAUCCUUUUCUCGUAACCGUCCGUCUUUCGCGAUAUCUUUAUUCUCCGGGACGGGCGCGAUAGAUCUCAGCCGAGCUUCGCCGGUGCCCAGGAACUCUGUUGUGUAUGAGUUGAAAGGACCGGUUGAACCCUCCAUCUAUGAAUCUUUGGUGUCGGAUAUGGAUGGCGAAGCCGUUGUACGGUACAUUCCUGGUACGAAAGAUAUCAGCGCUGCUACACCGGCCCGUAUUGUUGCCCAGAUCUCUUCCGAGUCAUUCAUGGAUUAUGAGUUGGUUUCGGACUUCUUUCUCACUUUUAGAUCAUAUCUCUCACCAAGUCAUCUUCUGGCUCUACUCCUUGCACGUCUCCAAUGGGCUAUCAACCGAUUACAGGAAGACGGUCGCAUCAUUCGCAUCCGCACAUUUGCAGCUCUUCGCCAUUGGAUUUUGAACUACUUUGUUGACGACUUUGUUACGCACUACGAACUACGGACCCAUUUCUGCGAUACCAUUAACUCUCUCUACUCCGAUGUCAAGUCCCGUGAAAAUGGUGGCAAGAGUGAUUUAAAGAUUCUCCUUGACUUAAAGCGAUGCUGGAAUGGCAAAUGCUCCGUAUAUUGGACUGCUCCGGAAUUCUCUCGUGCAUACAACGACCCAGAUAGCCCAAUUAGCCCCGGAACUGCUCAUAUUGAGAUUUUUCCCGGCGACAUACCUCAACCAGAUGGCAUGGCGACGGCUCCUCGAAAUGGCAAUGUUCAGUGUGCUCGCGCUUUCCUGCUCUCUUCCCCCCGGUCUCCGAAGCGCCUGUCAAUGCCUUACUCCAAAGGCAAAGCACCGCGUCCGGUACCAGUGGGCCUAGCAAAGACAAGCUCCUCGCAUGAAGCAUCGCCCACAUCACCGAUGGUGUCGCGCCAUCCAUUUCAUGGCCAUGGACACAAGCGAAGCGGCAGCUUCUCGGACUCUGUCCGAGAUGAUCGAGUGCCCAUGUUCGGUAUGGAGCCUGGAUAUGCUAGGCGGGCACCCCAAGAGAUAUUGGACCCUAUUGGUUUCAUUCGCGGUGCUCUUUACCCUCCCGCCGAAUCGUACAUGACCAUGAUGGCACCCGAAUCGCCUCCAUUGGCGCCGCCUUUGGCAUCAUCCAAUCCAGAUCGCCGGAGCACUCCGGAUGGUGGAGCUAGGUUGGGAUCGAAUACAGGCGUCAGAACAUUCAUUGGUUCAAUCAGACGCGCAUUGCAUACCAAAAAUGGCGGUCAAAGUGUCUCCGCUCGCAUCGCUAAUGCCUCUGAAGCUGUCGUUUUACCGCGUGGGAAGACCUCCGCGAUGCCGAAUCAUAUAGCUUUGGGUUCGGACAUUUAUCGAGAAAGGAAGCUGACCGCUGUGUCGAAGCGACCAACAAGGAUUGAUAUACUUUGCGACGAAUCACUAAAGCAAUAUCGCCAGAUCAUGAAUCCCAAUGAGAUCCCAGGUGAGGUGAAGAAAGAUAUACAGCCACAAGCGAUUCCUCCUGGCCUGCAAAUCACACUCCAGCAAUCCUCGCCAAAUCCAAACGACGCUCAUACUCUUCAGCCUCCCAUAUCCGAAGCCUCUAAGAUCAAAAGUGGGAUCACGACUGGCAGUGGGUCGAUUGUCAUUGUGGACGAUACUGGGUUUGAGUUCCCAACGAUGUCUGGGGCAGUACCAGAACCUCUCGAUGACGCCAACUUUUAUCCAAACCCACAGAACAAUAUAUUAUCAACUACGUUGUCACAACAAUCCUCUCUAGGAGAUGGCGGGUACUUGCUUCCGAUAUACUAUAAUAGUGAAGGGCCAGGACUUGUUGGACAACCACCAAAGGAUCAGUAUCCUUCCGGCCUUCCUUCGCAGCGACGAUCUUUCUCAAACGAACGUCAAUCUGUACCCAGAAAACGGACAUCAUUGUCGCUCCGGCUUCGAAAAUAUGCUUCUUUCCAGAGCGGGAUCUCUAGGCAUCGCCUCUCGAUGGGAAGUGAGACAAGAAAAUCCAUCGCCGGAUCGAAUACCACUCAAGACUGUUCCGAUAGGCCGGCUGGCCCAGCUCUUCGCAGACGACCCGGCGGAAACCUGCGCCAAAUGCAGUUUGUUGAUGAACGAGAGCAAAACUCUGGCCGUGGGUCUUUUGAUACCACCCAUUCUUACGGCGACUCUCUAGCGGAGACAUCAAUAACCGCUGACGAAGUUGCGUCUCGACCACCGACGACUUUGAUUCCUCCUAAUCCUCGUUAUUCUCUUAUCCAAGGCGUUUCAAAUCGAAACCCGCGACGGUCUUUCGAAGCAGCUCUCGCCAGUUUUGCUCAAAUUCCAGACGAUGAUGAUGGUGGCAUUGAAUCGACGCUGCUAAAGCUCGAGGGUAAAUGGAAGGGUCCAUCUAGUAGAGUUCAAUCUUCUGCUGAUCAGGGUGGAUCUUCUCAGGGGCUCCCAGCGCAUGGAGAACAUCCCCAUGUUGAACCUGGCUUUGAGAAAGUAGGCUGGGAUAUCAUUUCUCGGAGACGGCAGACUGAUAAAUCAGCGUAUUCUACCAUUGGCGGGCGACUGGCGGUACCAAGACCUUAUUCUGAUUCUGUGGCAGAGUCUGAGGAGUCGUAUAAUUCUAUUCCUCUGCUUGAGCGUGGACUUUCAGACGAGUCGAUGAAGCGACCACCUACUGGUCGAACUCGCAUCGCUGAGACUCAUGGCGCUUCUCUCAGUCUCAUCUCUAGUCGAGAUACUUCUGAGCUGACAUCCUCGCAUCCAUCGAUCCAGAUCAUUCAAGAAACGGAAAGCAUUCGACGCAUUGCUCGAGGUUCGACCCUUCCCGAGUCAGCCUCAAGAGAGACCGAGCAGCCUACUUCAAAGCGGCUGUCUGGCUCAUCGUCGGAAGCCUCUGUUGAUAUGAUUGAUUCGCGGGAGGCCGGGGACGAGCGGCUGUCUACGGAUACCCGUAGUUUGACCGCUUCAGCUGUGGAAAUUCCACCUCACCCUUUAGCACACCCCCCUUCCCCUCCGAUGACCAUUCAACAUCCAGGUUCUUUCGGCUCUUACGUCUCACCGCUAGACAAGGUACUGGUUCAGCCCCAGCUCCUUACACCUGAUACCUCUCCUAGACAUCGAGAGAAUGAGCCUCCAACCGCGCAGCCCCGGAAUAUGCCACAGUUCGCUAGUGACGUUCUGUCCAAUUCGGAGAAGCAUAGGCCUAUGCAGAGUUUUUCUACCGAAAUUGGUCCCCAUCAUGUUCCUUUCAUUCUUUCCUGUGAAUCACAGGUGCUCGCCCAACAAUUAACAUUGGUUGAAAUGGCGGCACUCAGUGAGGUUGACUGGAGAGAUUUGGUCGAAAUGAGAUGGAGUAGUGCUUCUCCAUCUAUCACCAGCUGGGUUCAGUUUCUGACUACUGAAGAACGGAAAGGCAUUGAUCUGGUUGUUGGCCGCUUCAACUUGAUGGUCAAGUGGGUUGUUUCUGAGAUUGUACUUACUCGCGACAUCCAUGAGCGAGCACGCACUAUCAUCAAGUACAUACAUACUGCGGCACACGCGCGUCGUAUCUGCAACUAUGCCACAAUGCUUCAGAUCGCAAUUGCCUUAUCUUCGUCUGACUGUUCUCGGCUGCAGGAUUCGUGGCAACUAGUUCCCCCCGAAGAUAGACGACUCUUCAAAGAUAUGGAAUGUUUGAUCCAACCUGUGCGCAAUUUCCAUGAUCUCCGUGUUGAGAUGGAGACAGCCAACUUGCAGGAAGGUUGCAUUCCAUUCAUUGGUCUAUACGUCCAUGAUCUUACCUACAACGCCCAGAAGCCAGCUCAGGUCAAUAGCAGUGCGGGUGGGCUACUGGUCAAUUUCGAGCGCUACCGUACUGCCGCUCGUAUCGUCAAGAGCCUGCUUCGUCUGAUUGACGCCAGCACGAAGUACCGAUUCGAGCCUGUCCAAGGUAUUAUUGAACGAUGCUUAUGGAUCGCAUCUCUCUCUGAGGAGGAGAUCUCAAGUCGAAGUAAACGACUUGAAUAA